AUGUUAAUUUCCAUCGCCCUUAGCCCUAAUUAUAGUUUUAGCUUCAAUCGUCGCCCACACCAUCUCCAAUCACAUUCGUCGCCCACACCAUCGCCGAGUUCGGCCAGCCGCGCCGUCGCCCAGUUUGGCCACCGCCUUCGCCCACCUUCUCCUCCUUCGCCGUCGACCAGUUCACCGUUUCACCCACCUCCGUCGGCCACCGUCUCGUCCUUCGACGCCGUUUCACCCACCGCCGUUGCCGGUGUGCCCAGUUGCCCACUGCCGUCAACCAGUUCGCCACAGCCGGUAGUCAGGCUCAAGCUUCGUCCAGUUAUUGGCCAACUUAGAUUUCCUAAUCUCGUCAAGCUGAUUGGAUAUUGCUGCAAGGAUGAUCACCGAUUACUUGUUUAUGAGUUCAUGUUCAGAGGAAGCCUUGGCUAUAAUUCUAUACUCAUGGAGCCUGUGGUUAUGGGUGUUGCGGUAUCAUUCUAGCCAUUGGGUCUUGCUUAUUAAAUGGAACCAUAGAUGAAUUAUAUACUCUUUAGCAUCUCAGAUUUGUAGAAAUUUCUAACAGGCUUCUUUCUUAAUUAGAAGUAAUCAUAAUUAGCUUCCCUUGUGCUUUAUUAGUUUGAUUAAAGUGCAUGCAUCUCUUGUUUAGAAGAUGUGUUGAGUCCAUUGCACACAUUCUUGCACUCAUGUAGUAGCAUAGCACAUGUUUGGGGGGAAGUUGCUUUGCAUUUGAUUCUGUUUAACAUUGUGAAUGAAAUCCUUAAGCUUAAUGAGGGAACAUGCAGAGCUUCUUAGUUCUGUAAGAGAUGAUAUUAGUGAGUACAAGGUGAGUAAGCUCAAGUUUUAAGUUAUCUAAGCGAUGCAAGUGUAAAUUAAACAAAGUCGCGCUGGUUCCUCCACAGGGACGAAAUAGAUUUGUUAUAAUAUAUUAAGAAUAGAUUUGUUAUACUACGUAAUAUAUUAAGAAUAUUUGGAUCGAUAUAUAAUUAUAUAA